AUGGAAACCUAUAUCGAAAAAAAGCAACUCGAUGAAGGUUGCAUGUUAAGCAAGAAAAAAAAUGAAGCCAAAAAAUGUGAAGGCCAAAAAAAUGAAGGCAAAAAAUAUGAAGGCCAAAAAAAUGAAGCCAGCAAAAAUGAAGCCAGCAAAAAUGACGCCAGCAAAAAUGAAGCCAGCAAAAAUGACGCCAGCAAAAAUGACAUUUCAAGCGAUACAACACAAUUGAUAAGUAUAGAUAAUCCUAAAUCGAUAAAUAAUAAAAAUAAUGGUGAAGGUAAAAAAAUAAUAAAAGGGGAAAGAAUAGACAAAAAGAAUAAGGAGGAUAAUAAUUUUAUUAUAGACGAUUUAGAAAAACAAACAGAUAAAAUAAGUAUGAAUAUAUUAAAUAUUUUAAAAGCAUCAAAUAUUCCAAAUUGUGAUAUAUUAAAAAGAACAAAUAACAGAUUUGCUAAAGCAUUUUUAUAUUUAACUGAAGGAUAUAAAAUGAGUGUAAAAAAUGUAAUAAAAAAAUCUAUAUAUAAAAGAAAAUAUAAAAAUAAUACACUAAUUAAAAUAAAAGAUAUACAUGUUUAUUCUUUAUGUAAACAUCAUUUAUUGCCAUUUGAAGGAUUGUGUGAUAUUGAAUAUAAUCCAGAUAAAUAUAUAAUGGGUUUAUCCAAAUUUUCAAGAAUUACUGAUAUAUAUGCAAGACGUUUACAAUUGCAAGAAGAUCUUACUAAUGAUAUUUGCAAUGCUUUAAAAAAAUAUUUAAAACCCUUAUAUAUAAAAGUUACAAUUAAAGCUAAACAUUUAUGCAUUAAUAUGAGAGGGGUAAAAGAACAUGAUGCUAUGACAGUUACACAUGCAUCAUAUGUAUCAAAAAAAAAUAUUAGUUGUUUUAAAGAAAAUAUUAAUUUAUCGAAAAAUGAAAUAUCAAAAUCAGAUAACCAUGAUCAAUCUUUAUCAUAA